CACGAAGUCCAAAACAAGUGUACAAGAGUACAACCUUUUCAACUCCGAAGGCGAGCCACGAUGUCAGGAAGAGGAAAGGGAGGCAAGGGUUUGGGAAAGGGAGGAGCGAAGAGGCACCGUAAGGUUCUGAGGGACAACAUCCAGGGGAUCACUAAGCCUGCGAUUCGGCGCUUGGCGAGGCGUGGCGGCGUCAAGCGUAUCAGCGGUCUCAUCUACGAAGAGACGCGUGGCGUUCUCAAGAUCUUCCUCGAAAACGUCAUUCGCGACGCUGUUACUUACACCGAGCACGCUCGCCGCAAAACCGUCACUGCCAUGGACGUUGUUUAUGCCCUCAAAAGACAGGGCAGGACCCUUUACGGUUUCGGUGGUUAGUUAGGACAUUAUGGUAGGCUCUUACUCUUAUUAGUAUCGAAUCAUAUGCUGCUAGAUGGAUCUUCACAUUGUAAUGGCUGUUGUUGUUUAAUUUCUGUUCCCAGCUUAUUUUUCUUUUAGCCGCGCUUAUUAACUGAUCACUUCUUUUGAGUGAUAAUGUGACUAGAGAUUUUUAUUUAUUUAUUUAUUUCUGGGUAUUGCGAACUUGAGGGUGGAAACAUUAUUAUAAAAUGAAAAGGAAGUGCGUCGCCGUUUGCAUUGAA